AACCGAGACGUUUUCAUAUUUAACUUUUUUUUUAAUUAAGUAAUGGCCUCUCGUAAUUUUCUACUGAAGAGUCGUCUGCUCGUGACGUCCUCAACUAAUCAAAAGUUCAACAACCUAAAAAAUUUAUCCUCGAUAAAAUUAAAUGAUUCAAUUUUGAAUUUGAAAUCCUGUCCUCUUGCUUCUUAUCGCACCCGAUCUGAUUUCCCUGACCACGCUCGGUCAGAAUCAUCAAAUAAAAAAGAAAUUAAUAGUGGACCAGCGAUAAAAAAUAUAAGAAAGACAUGCCGAAUCACCAAAGAAAAUUUAUCUGAGAGAGUUAAAAUAUCAGGGUGGGUGCAGUACAAAAGGAUGCUUGGCCAGUUUAUGGUCCUUAGAGAUUCUUAUGGUUUCAUUCAAGUUAUGGUUAAUGAUCCUCUUAUAUUAAUAUCCCUAAAAGACCUACCCUUAGAAUCAGUAUUAGAAGUCACAGGAGUUGUCAGGUACAGACCUGAAGAGCAGAGCAAUGAGGACAUGCCAUCAGGUGAACUGGAAGUGUUAGCGGAGAAUGUUCAAAUACUAAAUAGAUGCAAUGCACGCCUGCCAUUUCAAAUUCAGGAAUUUCACGAGGUUAAAGAACCUUUGAGACUACAGUAUAGAUACUUAGACCUCAGGCACAGAAAACUCCAGCAGAAUUUGAGGCAGAGGUCGAAAAUUUUAUUCAAGAUGAGGGAAUAUCUCAUGGCCAAUGAGUUUGUUGAUGUUGAAACACCAAUCCUCUUUAGAAAGACACCUGGUGGAGCCAGAGAGUUCAUAGUACCGACACAUGAUAAAGGCAAAGCUUAUUGCCUACCACAAAGUCCACAGCAGUUUAAACAGUUGCUGAUGGUUGGGGGUAUAGAUAGGUACAUGCAGAUAGCAAAGUGCUUCAGAGAUGAGACUGCCAAACCAGAUAGACAACCAGAAUUCACACAAGUUGACAUAGAAAUGUCAUUUGUUGAUGUAGAAGAUGUUAAGAACAUAGUAGAAGGGAUGCUGGUUCACUCGUGGCCUGGACAUCUGAAGCCAAUUCAUUCUCCAUUUCCUAAGAUGGACUUUCACGAUGCCAUCAGGGUUUACGGGUCUGAUAAGCCUGACACCAGAUUUGAUAAUACAUUGCAAGAGGUGACGGACAUCUUCGAACAUUGCAAUUUUACACCUCUGAUGAAGUCCUUCAGGAACAGACCAAUGGAGAGUAUACAAGUCGUUCAGUUCCCUCACGUUUCUCCUUACCUGAGUAAUAAAGAUGUUUCAUAUUUGACAAAAGUUUUGAAGUCUUCUUUUCAUGAGAAGCAUAGAGCAUUUUUCGCUAUCGUUCGCAUUAAAGAAGAUAACUCGUGGCAUGGUACCCUGCACAAAAUGAUUGGCGACCUAACCUACAAGAGACUGGAAGAGAGGCUGCAGCUCAACCCCGGUGACGUAUUCAUCAUUGCAGCAGGACUCGAUCGAAAUGCCUGUUUGACAGCAGGGAAAUUCAGAGUAGAAAUGGCGUCGUUACUGAAGGAGAAAGGCAUCUCAGUGUACGAAGAUGAUGAUAGCAUGAAUUUUCUAUGGAUUGAAAAUUUUCCUUUGUUUCUACCAAAAGAAGAUGGGUCUGGAGGACUUGAAUCAGCUCAUCAUCCGUUCACAGCACCUCAUCCAGAUGAUUUGACUUGCAUCUAUUCAAACCCUGAAGCAGCUAGGGGAUUGCACUAUGACUUGGUUCUCAACGGGGCAGAAGUGGGUGGUGGCUCUAUAAGGAUACACAAUGCUGAUCUUCAAAAAUAUGUGCUUCAAGAUAUUCUCAAAGAAGAUGCCGCUCCUCUGCAACAUUUGAUCGAUGCUUUGAAUUCAGGAUGUCCGCCACAUGGAGGCAUAGCUCUUGGAGUCGAUAGAUAUCUGUCAAUCAUCUGCAACACCCAGUCAAUACGAGACGUCAUCGCCUUCCCGAAAUCAAGUGAAGGAAAAUGUUUGAUGUCUCAAGCUCCUUCCACGAUAAGCAAAGAUGAUAUGGAAUAUUAUCACUUAACUGUAAAAGAAUAGAUUCUGUUACAAAAUUUGAGCCAAUGUUUUCAACUGUGCAAAACUUGUGAUAUGUGUUGUUUUGUAGGUAAUUUUUUUUACUUUAGUUUCUCAAAGCCGUUCUUUAUUUUAUCUUUGUUAUUUUAUUUAACUUUUUUCUGAUUAACUUUGUUUAUUAUUUAGAUGAAUGUGUAGAAGUCAUGUAUCAAACUUUCAUUUUGAAUUUAAACAAAUAAGUUAAUUUAUUAAAUUUCAAAAUGUUAGGUUAAUUGUUAGAAACACAUAAAUUAAAAGAUGUACAAUAAAUAAUUUUUUACA